UGAAGCCGUCUGCAGGCGACACACCACGGAUCCACUACUCCUCCUGCCCGCGUAGUUUUUUCCCCAACGUUAAACUACAAUUGAUGAGAAGAUGAUGAGCAUUUUGAGGUCGGGAGAAUCUGAAAAAACUAUAAACGGAGUCUAAAAAACGUUUUAUGGAUCUAAAGUUACACAAGGAACUAUUUUACCGAUCCUCCUGGCGCGCCUGUGUGUGACCAGGACCUGGAGUGUGUCGGGGGGCUAUGGUGAGGCGAUGUGCACAGGCUGGGGUGAGGAGGGAUGUACCAGCAUCAGUGGAGGAAGACGAGGUAGAGGAGUGGUUCUUCAUCCGUGGCUGUGCGUCUCUCUCCUGUUCUCGGCUCUCUGGGGCCAAGCGUCCCCCCAGUGUCCGGCCAGCUGCCAGUGCGCCUGGGACACGGCCACGGUGCAGUGCUCAGACGCCGGGCUGCGGGACAUCCCAGAGGGCAUCCCACCGGAAACUGUCUCUCUCCACCUGGAACGCAACUACAUCCGGAGCAUCCCAGAGACCGCCUUCAGGGACCUGCUCCACCUGCGGGACCUGCACCUGUCCCACAACCGAAUCGACUCGCUGGCCUCAGGGGCCCUGCGGCACCUGGGCCCCGAGCUGCGCCUGCUGGACCUCUCUCACAACCAGCUGAGGCAGGCCAGCAGGGAGGAGUUUGGCUCCACCCGGGCAAAAACGCGCCUCUUCCACAACCCCUGGCACUGUGACUGCACCCUCCAGGAGCUGAUGGAGACCCUGAACCUGGAGCCCGAGACGGUCAACGGGAUCAUGUGUGAGAGCUCUGUGCGGGGGAUGGGUGAGGGAAGCAGGUGGGAGGACCCGGGGUCCCAGGGCGAGCAUGCAGGUCAAUCCCUGGUCAAACUGUUGGAUUCUGGGGUGAAUUUCUGCAGUCUGCAGAGGAAAACCACUGAUGUAGCCAUGCUGGUGACAAUGUUCGUUUGGUUCUUCAUGGUCAUCGUGUAUGUAGUGUACUAUGUGAGGCAGAACCAAGCUGAAGCCCGUAGGCAUUUAGAGUACCUGAAGAGUUUGCCCAGCCCACGCAAGACCCCCACAGAGACAGACACUCUUAGCACUGGUUUCUGAACUCAUGCUCACUACUGUGAUUUAAAUGGAAUAAUAUGAAAAUGGCAUUCUUAUGGAGAGCAACGGAUAAGCUUCAAAAUGCUGUGUGUGAUUGUAAUAUUUCUUUAUAUGUGUUACAACUGAGCCCUCCUACUAUAUGCUUCUGGAUAUUUCUUUAAAUGUUGCAUUUUUAUCAAUGAAAUGAAAAUAUUUGCACUUUUGACUAGCAUGGGCAAUGAGAGAAAGAAGUAGCAAAAGUUGAAAGGAUGAAAAAAGACUAGAAAAAAAGAAUAUUCUUUGAACUUCAUAACCUUUUCUCUCCCUCUGUACUCCUUCUUUCCAUCUCCUUUCUUCUCCCAACAUGGCAUAUACUGUGGUCUGUUAUCUUUCAUUAGGCUGUAAUUAGCCGUCUUUGACCAACUGACCCUUACUGAACACUUGAAAGCCACUAAUCAGCAGAGUGUGUUUAUCAGGUGGAAAAGGAGAGACGUGCAAACUUAAAUGUGUGUCCUCAUAAUUGCCUGUUUCAUUUGUGCAUUUUUGUUCUCAUGUGGAGUUUUGUGCAUUGUAACGGGUCAUUUAAAAAAAGUUAUUUUUGCAACGAUGCUAUUUAAGCCUUUCCCAAAUAGAUGUCACGAUGAAGCCAGUAGUUUCUGUGCCAGUGGAUAACUGCUGAUCUAAAUGUACUCUCGGUAAGCCAUUAGAGCUGAGGGUGAACUGUUUUGUCUCCCCGAGCUGCAGCCAUCGGCUCUAAAAUAUCUGGCCAGCUAACACAGCUUGCCACUGAUCGGUACAAAGACAUUUCAGCCCGAUUUAGAAAUAGAUAAUUGUCAUAAAUUAGAUUAGUGAGGCAGUUUGUCCUGCGAGAAGCCGUUAGUUUUGCUUUAAUUAAUCUCUUGAGUACUGCUUUUCAGUCCCUCUCUCCACUGAUUGUUGUUUACAAAUCGUUCAGGCUCCUGUUUUCCACAAAGGCUUCAUCAUAAUUGAUUAUUUUUCAAGCUACAGAAAAACAAAACCAAAACCCUUUAAUAAUAAAUGGAAUAACCUUCUCAGUUAUUUAACACCUGCAAUAUUAAAAUGUAUGCAAUUCCUGAUGUGUAAGUGUUGUUUUGUAAAUAUAUGAUAAGCGGUCUUUUUCAACACAAAUAGAGAGUCAAAUGACUCAUAGUCUGGACCAAAGGAGCCCCCAAAAUAAUUCCAGGGUCAAUUCUGAGGGGUUGCAACAUUAUUGGCAGGAUAUUAAAGCAGAAAAAAAGGUAUUUCUACCCCACACACUAUGUACGCAUUUUUUCCAAAAUGUUUCAAAUCUAUGGCUAAGUAAAGGCUUUUCUAUACUUUAUUUGCUAUUUAUUAAGUUAUAUCAAAACAAGGGAUACGUGCCUAUAAGUAAAGCAUCACAUACUGAUAAAUUAUGUGUCUUUGAUCAUUCACGGAUUAAAGUGUAGUUACAACCUUUUAAGUGUGUAUAGAUGUAAUAAAGAUAACUGUGCCCCAUAUUAUCUAACAAUUGGGAUAGGAGCUGAGGCUAAACCUUAGUAUAAGACAACUUCCUGUGUACUGUAACGUGCUAAAUGUGGUGUGUGUGCUUUGUAACUAACAGAGAAAGACUGGAAGAAGUUAAUGUUGUUGAUUAAACAUACUGUGAAUUAGAUCUAGUAUCAGUUUAACUUGGAGUAGAACAAGGUUGAUGUGUGUCGAUUUGUUCAGUGUGGAUAAACUUCUGAAGCACUGUUAAUGUAACUGUACAUACUCAGAAUAUCUCCUGAGUGCUUUGUGUCUGUCACAAAUGCUACAUCUAAUGUUCAUAUGUCAGAUGUCACUUUGCCCAAAUGCAUUACUUAUUUUUUAAAUACAACUACUUAAAGGUGGGGUAGGUAAUUUUGGAGAAACCAGCUCGAGUGCGCUAGAAUUUGAAAAUACACAACCGGAGAAAAUCUGCCACUUCCUUACAGAGCCCCUCCUCCAACACACACGAACGCGCACAUGACCAAUGAGGGCACGAGAUAAGUUUGUGCCCCGAUGGAAGGCUGACAGGCAGGUAGGCCAUCCAGUUAUUUUAGCCGGGCCGGCUCAGAUGAUUGGUCGUGCUUUUUACAGUAUUACGGCUUCCACAGAUGACAUUUUUUAAUGUAUUUAUUGUCAAAGCACUUAAUAUAUUCAUUGCUCUCGGGAUGUUAAGAGCAUUCCAUGGAAUAUAACAAAAAGUGUUUCUGAAGUGAAUUACCUACCCUACCUUUAAGCUCAUACAUAGUACAAUGAUACUGAUAACCCCAAACUCAAGAACCAAGCAUGUCAACGUGCAUAUCUUUUCUGUAUUGUAUUUUUAUUUAUUGCCGAUGUUUUUCUGUCCCAGUGAAUGUUCACUCCUGUUUGUUUUUAUCUCGUAAAGUUAGAGAUUGACAACCAUUACAUUGCAUAAUAAAUCAUCUAUCAAAAAGUGAUUUUAGGAAAAAACAACAAAAGAUAUAUAAACAAUAAAAGAAACGUUGCUCUACUUUGUUCAUAGGAAUGCUUCUACCUUUUAUUUCCACAGUAGGUUGAAAAAAAGGCAAGAGGAUGAAGAAAAGUACAGAAAGACAUGAUCAAUUCACAGAACGAGCUGAUCAUGGGUUGCAGUGUUUCCUAUUUCUACUCUACCAUGUGUGAAAAGUAAUUGAAAGACUAUUUUACAUUGAUACAUGAUAUGAACUUUCACCACUUCCACCUUUUUCACAAAUCAGUCAACAAAAUCACCGCUUUCACUCCUUUUCUUGAGAUCGGAGGUGUUUCUCCCCCUGGAAAUGUAUCAGGGCAUCUCCACAAAAACACCCAGUGGCAGCAGGUCACUUUGAAAUGUGUAAGGAAUUUUCUUUGGAAAGAGUCAAAAAACGCUGCCCCCGAUAUUUCAAGGAGGGGGAGAACAAAACAUGAUAUAAAUAAAAAGCAACUUCAGCCUGUUA